AUGUCGAUGUUAUCCCUUGCCUCUAAUCGCCACAAAGCAUGGCUUGCUAUGAUCUCAUCACCGGAUUUCGUCGAAACCCACCUGGAUCUCCACAAGAAUGAUGAGGAGGAUAACCUCGCCAUGUUUUAUACCACCGGUGAUGGGCUCCACUUGUCCCUCUUUUCUAUCCUGAUCAAUCUAUCAUUUUCCAACAGGCAGCCUAUCCAUAUUCCCAAUAUGUCGAUGCUAUCUCGUGCUUCUAAUAGUCAGAAAGUAAGCAGCCUUCCUCGGAGCCCACUUUCUCAUCUACCACAGGACCUCAUAUUCUCUGGCGUUCUGCCAAAGCUGCCGGUGAAACCUCUGAUGCGCUUCCAAUGCGUUUCAAAGGGGUGGCUUGCUAUGAUCUCAUCGCCGGAUUUCGCCAAAUCCAACCUGGAUACCCACAAGAAUGACGAGGAGGAUAAACUCGCCACGUUUUCUGCCACCGAUGACGGGCUCCACUUGUCCCUCUUUCCCAUCGUGGUCGAGGAAAAUCAGUACCCUACAAACUGCUCAUCACUUAAGGUUCCGGAAGUGGCUCUCAGGUACAUGGGAGCCCACAACGGGCUCCUGUGUUUCCAAGGAAUCGACCACAAAGUCGUGGUGUGCAACCCUUGCACGGGGAAAAUCAAGAAAAUCAACGGGCCUUCGUGGCCGACAAUCUGGAUGUAUGGGUUCGGAUACGACCAACAAAACCGUGACUAUAAGGUUGUGUACGCACGUCGUACCCAGAGUUCCAACGACUAUGAUAUUUUGGUAUAUAGUUUCAGGUCGGGUGGCUGGGAAAAAACCCCACACGGGUUUAGCGCUGGGAUUGUUAACCCCAAUGGCGUCCACCUGAAUGGAACGCUAAACUGGUCAAGCAGCAUAAUGGUAGGUCGUGACGAUUGGGAAUUCAAGAUUGUGUCUUUCAAUCUGACAACAAAUUCCGCCGCCAUUCUCUCCGCACCCAACCCCGAAAGGAGCAGAAACAUUUCUAUAUGUGAGUCUAGGGGUUUUCUUCUGGCGUCUUUCUUUCACACAGAAAAGGUGAGUGUUUGGCAGAUGAGAGAAUUUGGGGUGGAAAAAUCAUGGACAAAACUGGCUUGUGUCGUAGAGCUGUUACCUAAGUCACUCCAUAAGACGGCUAUGCUUACUGUUGCAGUAAUAUGUAACAGCGUUUCUCUUGUGUAUGCAAUGAACAACAGAAAUCUCAUCAUAAAAGUGGGGGAGCACUUGAGGAUUUACACACCUGAAGAGGGUAAAAGUAAAAGGAUAAUUGAAGUGUGCCGCCCAGGCAACAGGGGUUUUAAGGCGAUUCUCUUUCGGGAGACGCUAGCGCCGCCGCCGUGUCUUUCCGAUGAUGAAGAUGAUGUCGUGUAG